AUGCUCGAAACCAUCUACAUUGCUAGACACGGGUACCGCUUGAACUGGGUUACGCAGAAUUGGAAAAGUGAGACAGGUCUUCCCCGCGACCCACCUUUGGCAGCGUUUGGACAUACGCAGGCUCAAGAGCUAGCAGACCACUUCUUGUCUCUGCCAGAGGUGCAGCGACCCACCGCAAUUUUCUCCUCUCCGUAUUGGCUUUCGGAAUGGUACUCCCCGGUGAAGCCAGGCAGCGGAUUGCACCCACGACCCGCCUCUGCUGAGAACCUCCGGAGCUAUUUCAGUGGAAUAGACUCUAGCUGGAGCUCCAUAUGGUACCCCUCUCGCAGAGGAGAAGAUGUCCCCGAGGUCCAUAGUCGCGCAGAAGGUUUUCUGGCUGCUCUCAUUCCCGAACUAGAACGUCGCUUUGAGGACAAGCAUAAACACAUUUUGAUCGUCAGUCACGCUGCGACGAUCAUCGCCUUGACUCGUGCGCUCGUUCGCGAUAGGGCGAGGCCUAUGCGCAUAGCUUGUUGCUCGCUGACGACCUUCAGGCGUACUAUCCCGGGAGACGAGCCUCUCGACGGCUGGAAACUUGUGAGCUUGGGGGACGGCAGCCACCUUAACGACGGUGCCACACGCGAUUGGGGCUUCGAAGACAUUGUCAUUGCCGACGGGAAGGUCGUAGAUGAUCUUGGACAGCCAGGCACCGAAAGCGAAGACGGUGGACCUGUCGGCCUCCAAUUGCCAGCUGCGGACAUUCAUGCCCGCAUGUAA